AGAGGUAACUGGGCCGCGUCCCUCAGCUCACAGGGGGAAGUCGGUGUCCCGAGACGUGUCGGCCGCGGGCGGACACCGAGCCAGCCACCCUCCGGGCGGACUCUUCCAUUGCCUUUCGCGGGGCUCCUAAGCUACGCUUUAAAUUUGAGUUCGAUUUUUGGGUUCCAGCUAGAGGUGUUGACGGAAACUCGCGGGGAUUUUGCGUAACGCUUCUCGGAGGCGGUUUUUUAGCGUCCAUAUUGAAUAAAGGCUGGUAGCUCCACUGUGGAGUUGGCGUGUUACAGUAUUAUAAGAUCGAUAUUAAAGACAUGGUUUUCACUUCACUUCAUCAGCAUACAUAAGUUUUUGCUUCUUUUUGGACUCCCUAUUUUAUGCCAUAAUGCAACAAGCUUUAGAACUAGCUUUGGAUCGUGCAGAGUAUGUCAUUGAAAGUGCCCGACAGAGACCUCCUAAAAGGAAAUACCUGUCAAGUGGAAGAAAAUCUGUAUUUCAAAAACUUUAUGACUUAUAUAUUGAAGAAUGUGAAAAAGAGCCUGAGGUUAAGCAGAAAUUAAGAAGAAAUGUGAACUUGUUAGAGAAGCUUGUUAUGCAAGAGAAUUUGUCAUGUUUAGUGGUCAAUCUGUACCCAGGAAAUGAGGGAUAUUCUCUGAUGCUCAGGGGAAAAAAUGGAUCAGAUUCUGAGACCAUUCGAUUGCCUUAUGAAGAAGGGGAAUUGCUUGAAUACUUGGAUGCAGAAGAAUUACCUCCUAUUUUGGUUGAUCUCCUAGAAAAAUCUCAGGUUAAUAUUUUUCAUUGCGGAUGUGUCAUAGCAGAAAUACGUGAUUAUAGGCAAUCCAGUAAUAUGAAAUCUCCUGGUUACCAAAGUAGGCACAUUCUCUUACGUCCGACAAUGCAGACUUUAAUCUGUGAUGUACAUUCAAUAACAAGUGAUAACCAUAAAUGGACCCAGGAAGACAAACUUGUGCUGGAAAGCCAGCUGAUCCUAGCUACAGCUGAACCACUGUGUCUUGAUCCUUCCAUAGCAGUAACUUGCACUGCAAACAGACUGCUCUAUAAUAAGCAAAAGAUGAACACUCGCCCAAUGAAAAGGUGUUUCAAGAGAUAUUCCAGGUCGUCUCUGAAUCGGCAGCAGGAUCUGUCUCAGUGUCCUCCACCUCCUCAGCUGAGAUUACUUGAUUUCUUACAAAAAAGAAAGGAAAGAAAAGCGGGUCAGCAUUAUGACCUCAAAAUUUCUAAAGCAGGAAAUUGUGUAGAUAUGUGGAAACGGAGUCCCUGUAAUUUGGCCAUGCCUUCUGAAGUGGAUGUGGAGAAAUAUGCUAAAGUAGAAAAGUCUAUCAAAUCUGAUGACUCACAACCAACAGUGUGGCCAGCCCAUGAUAUAAAGGAUGAUUAUGUAUUUGAAAGUGAAGCUGGUAAUCAAUAUCAAAAAACAAAGCUGACCAUCUUGCAGUCACUUGGUGAUCCACUUUACUAUGGUAAAAUACAGCCAUGGAAGGCAGAUGAAGAAAGUGAUAGCCAGAUGUCUCCAUCACAUUCCUCCACAGAUGAUCAUUCAAAUUGGUUUAUUAUUGGAUCAAAGACUGAUGCUGAGAGGGUCGUUAAUCAGUACCAGGAAUUGGUCCAGAACGAAGCCAAAUGUCCAGUCAAGAUGUCACACAGCUCCAGUGGCUCAGCCACUCUGAGUCAACUUUCUCCAGGGAAAGAAACAGAACAGCCUGAGACUGUGUCAGUUCAGUCUUCAGUAUUGGGGAAAGGAGUAAAGCAUCGUCCCCCACCCAUCAAACUUCCCUCAAGCUCAGGAAAUAGUUCCUCAGGUAACUAUUUUACACCACAACAGGCAAGCAGCUUUCUUAAAUCUCCAACUCCUCCUCCUUCUUCCAAGCCACCAAGUCUUUCUAGGAAGUCAUCUGUGGAUCUCAGUCAAGGUAGCAUGCUUUCUCCAGCUGCCCUGUCACCUGCCAGCUCAUCACAAAGAACUACGGCCACCCAGGUCAUGGCAAAUUCUACUGGACUUAACUUCAUCAAUGUAGUGGGCUCUGUUUGUGGGACCCAGGCUUUGAUGAGUGGUUCAAACCCCAUGCUGGGCUGUAACACUGGUGCCAUAACUCCUGCAGGAAUAAACCUGAGUGGACUUCUGCCCUCAGGAGGUCUCCUACCAAAUGCAUUGCCCAGCACGAUGCAGGCAGCUUCACAAGCAGGUGUUCCAUUUGGCUUAAAAAAUACUUCAAGUCUCAGGCCCUUAAAUCUCCUCCAGCUUCCAGGUGGUUCACUCAUUUUUAACACCCUGCAGCAGCAGCAACAGCAGCUGUCUCAGUUCACACCACAACAACCUCAGCAGCCCACAACUUCUAGUCCUCAACCACCCGGGGAGCAGGGUUCUGAACAAGGUACAGCCAGUCAAGAACAGGCCUUAUCUGCUCAGCAAGCUGCUGUUAUUAACCUUACUGGAGUAGGAAGUUUUAUGCAGUCACAGGCAGCUGUGUUGUCUCAGCUUGGCUCUGCCGAGAACAGACCUGAGCAAAGCCUUCCUCAGCAGAGAUUCCAGCUCUCCUCUGCCUUUCAACAGCAGCAGCAACAGAUACAACAGUUGCGAUUCUUACAGCACCAAAUGGCUAUGGCGGCAGCAGCAGCACAAACAGCGCAGCUACAACGUCAUCGGCAUACAGGCAGCCAGUCAAAAAGUAAAAUGAAGAGAGGCACGUCAACCACUCCAAAAUUCUGAGUCUUGCAUUAUUAUUUUUUAAACAUAAGAGCAUUGAAUCAAAAGAUUGAGUUUCUACUUCAUUUUUGUUUUUUAAUGUGUCAGUAUUUUACAUUGCUAGAUGUACAAACUUUAUACAGAAGCACAACCCUAUGAUUUUUAAAUAAAAACAGGGAAAUGGUUUAACAAA